AGUCCCAUUGGCUCCAGCUGGGAUGGCGGAGGGUGAUGAGGGGGAUGCUCAAUAUGACCCAUACCAGGCCCUUGGUGAGGAGACAGAGGACACAGGCGAUGCAGGUGAGGAAGUCGACUUCAUCAUCGACACUGAGGGCACCGAGGCCACCGAAGGCAACGAGGGCAAGGAGGCCACCGAGGCCACCGAGGGCACCGAGGGCACCGAGGGCACUGGAGUCAGCAAGCAGGAGGAGCAUGAGAAGAGCGGGCAUGUAGAAGAGGAAGUGGAUUGGGGCACUGAAGAUGAAACUGAUGCCCCAGAGACCCAGCCUGAGGAGAGCAAUGAGGCUGGAAAUGAGGGUGAAGCGGGUGACAAAUCUGGUGAUCCAGAGCCAGCACAGAGCUCUGCUGAUGCAGCUGAGGAAGACGACGAUGAUGAUUGUUUAAUCGUGAGUGUUGUGAAAGCUCCCCCGCCUACACCAAAAGCGAAGGGAAAAGGCAAGGAAGGCAAAGGAAACAAGGGAACGAAAGGGGCCAACAAGGGAAACAAAUCCCAAUGGACAAACAAAGGAAACAAAUGGAACAAAUGGAAGACCAAUGAUCCCCCAGCCAAAGGGCAUUCAAAAGGGAAGGGCAAGGGUAAGAACUGGUUUGUGGCUCCCAGUGGCCCCAGCCGGGCCAACAACUUGGGGCCUCCAGCUCAGUCCGCGGCGCCUGGCAAGGCAGCCACUGCUGCAGCCGCUGCAGCCGCCCCCGCAGCCCCUGCAGCCGCCCCUGCAGCCACGGCCAACUCGGGGACUGCUCAGCCAGCGGGGCCACCAGGUUCGGCGCCAGCCAAGGCGGCGCCAGCCAAGGCGGCGCCCAUGCCACCGCGCCAGGUGUCCGUGGACGCCUUGUUGCAGGAACAGGUUCGGCAGCAACUUCUGACUGAACCUGGAAAACGGGCAUCAAUGCGCAGGCUCUUAAGUCAAGGCAAGGUGUCCAAGCUUUUGAAACAUGUCAGCAAGACGCGGCAGACUCCGAUCACCAAAUUGCCAGAAGAGCUCUGCAACAUUCUGCGCAAUGUGCCUGCUGUUUUUCAAGUAUCCGAAGAAAGUUCUGCAGUUCAGGACGUCCGUGUGAGCUUGACAGAUGCAGGCGAAAAGGAGCCAGUGGUCGAGCAGAAGAACUUUGACACACUUUGGGCUUCCUUGAUCGAUGCCUCCGACGCCCAGGCCUUGCCUGUGCCUGCGAAUCCGCCAGCAGAUGCACCGCCGCUGCCACCACCGGCACCACCUGUGCCAGGGGCGGGGCAAACAAUUUUGCAGCCAGCAAGGGUACCCUACCAGCCCAAGAAGGGCUCAGGUCCCAAAGCAUCUGGGGCACCACACUGGGCUGCAAAUGGAUCCCAAUUCAGCGACAGAAAAGGGCCCACUCCAGGAUCUGGUCGACACCCCCCGGAUCGGGCCGCCUUCCAACAGACACUGCAGCAACUUCAGGAGUUGGACAAACAGAAACUCCAACAUGCAGGGCAUGGAGGGCAUGGAGGACCUCAUGGAGGUCCGCAGCCACCAAAUCAUCCUCCUCCGGGCUACAAGGCUGACUGGAAGAGGUUCACUCCCACAGCCAAGCGCGUGCUGGCACCGCGCAAGGGGGGUGGGAAUUCGGAUGAGGCGAUGGAGCCCGAACCAGCGGGGCAUGGACAUCAAGCAGGGCACGCAGGUAUUCCCAGUGACACUGCGGUGAUCCCUGCUGGACAGCGGUGGGUGGGUCCCACGCCUCCUUCAAUGCCUCCGCCAACGAGUUUUGGAUCGCGACCUCCCACACCAAAUCCGCCAUCCAAUAUGCCGCCUCAUAUGCAUGGGCAACAUGGCAUGGACAACGAAGGGAGGCCCUAUGAUUUGGAGAGGGUGGUGGUGAACUUUGCAAAUGUAGGCGCUACAUAUGGUGUUCGUGUGCUGAAGAGGGUCAAGGACAGAGACUACCUCUUCGACUACGAGGGAGUGAGGAGGUGCAUUCGGCAUCUCACGCAGAAGCGAGGGCUUCGUGUCAUUGGAGUGAUCUUUGAGAACUUCCAUGGUGCUGAGAAUGGCCGGGAUGUGUUCCAGGUUCCAGCAGACAUCUCCGCCAUGUGCGAGAGCAUCGAGCUGACUCCCAGGUUGCUGGGACAUCGUCACAAGUGUGCAGAUGAUGAGAUGACCAUCAAAUGCGCGUAUCGACGAAAUUGCCGCUUCCUCGACAAUGACAAUUACCAGGAUUGGCGUAGCAAUCUUGCAGAUGAUGCAGUUCGAGCCUGGCUACUCCAUUGCCAAGAGUUCCUGCAGAUGAAAUUUUACUUCGACUCGGGCCUCGGAGAGUUUGACAUCCUGGAAGGCAACAUUCCGGAAAAGCGGCUGGCACAAGGACCUUCUCAAGGACCCACACAAGGACCUGCGAAACGAACGUGCUCAAGACAGUGGCGCUAGUGAGUGAAAAA